UUUUUCCGGGUUCGGAGCCGUUCCUGAUGCUUUUGGCUGCCGGAUGUCUGAUCUCCGGAUAACUGAGGCGUUUCUGUACAUGGAUUAUCUGGGAAAACCACAAUAAACUAGAAUGUCUGAAUGUAUCCAGAUCUCAUUUGCUGUUUGUAGAAUUGGCAUUUACACGUGUUUUAGAGCACUUUGCUGCAAGGGACCACCACCUGCACGACCAGAAUAUGACCUGGUUUGCAUAGGCCUCACCGGUUCUGGCAAGACCAGUCUAUUGUCAAAACUCUGCAGUGAAAACCCUGAGAACGUUGUGUCAACCACAGGUUUUAGUAUAAAAGCAGUGCCAUUUCAGAAUGCCAUCUUGAAUGUAAAAGAACUCGGAGGGGCUGAUAGUAUCCGGAAAUACUGGAGCCGCUACUACCAAGGAUCUCAAGGGGUAAUAUUUGUAUUAGACAGUGCAUCUUCAGAGGAUGAUUUAGAAACUGCUAGAAAUGAACUGCACUCAGCUCUUCAGCACCCACAGUUAUGCACUUUACCCUUUUUAAUAUUGGCCAACCAUCAAGACAAGCCAGCAGCUCGCUCAGUACAAGAGAUCAAAAAAUAUUUUGAACUUGAACCACUUGCCCGUGGAAAACGCUGGAUUCUGCAGCCCUGCUCACUGGAUGACAUGGACGCACUGAAAGACAGCUUCUCUCAGCUGAUAAAUUUGUUAGAAGAAAAAGACCAUGAAGCUGUAAGAAUGUGAAAUCUGGCAAGGAAAACGGGUUCCCAAAAGGCCUUGAACCUAUCAUGUUAGUUUCUCAUUUUAUUUUUACUUUGGCAUCAAGAAUCUAAAGGCUUCAGUAUCUAUAUUUCUCUAGUUAUUUCAGGCUCCCAUCUCUCUGUUAAAGUGAAAAUUCUGUAAAUCAGGUGAAUUAUCAUCAGCAUUAACGUCAAGUACACACUACUGAGAGAGAAUUUAUUCUCUGUUUACCACUAAUUAUCGUCACCGCAUGUCUCUUCCUUCUGUUGUUCUAAACAUCUCUUCUAUACUCUGUGCUAAAAUGGAUGGAAUUCAUGGCUCAUGGAAAUCAAAUCUCUUAUGAAGGACUCAAAAAGACUCACAGUACCUUGACUAAUUUUCCCUGGGUUUAGGAGUAAAGUAUUGUGUUAUCAGGACUCCACAUAAUAUGUGUAUUGUUUUCAAGAUCUUUUGGGGGGUUUAUUUUAUUUUAUCUUAUUUUUGUUUUUUUAGUUUUUUAUAUUCUGACCUUAUACUAUGAGAGAAAAUGAGCACCAAAAACUUUGAUCACCUUAUCAGAAAGGAAUAUCCUGCCAUGUAAAAUUAGCUUUGAAGAAAAAGACAAGAUGCGUAAUGUUUCCUUGAUUACAUCUGAAGUCUCACUCUCUUCUGUCUUUUAAGAGCAAAAACAUUGUUUUAGUUUUUGAGAGGAGUUAGAAGAAAUUUUGUCACAAUGCAUGCAUCACUGAUUACAUUUGAUCAAGUCCUCAAAUAUUUUUUUAAUGGAAAGAUUAGCCUGCAUAAAGUCAAGCUGCAAUGUAAUACAGGUAUCUUUUUCUAAAAAUCAAGUGUUUGAAAUAGAGAAAAUAAUUUUUAAAAUAAUAGUAAAAAUUUUAAAAACAGCUGAACAAAGUGUAAUUUAUACUGGUUAAGGUUUAAGCUAGCAUGAAUUUUACAAAGAUAUCAUCUGUAUAUUCAUUUGUCAAGUGCUAAUGUAGUUUAAUGGAGUCUGUUAAUGCCUCCAUCUAGCAGUGAAGGUCUGUCAGUAUUUCUGUUAUAAACCUCUAUUUUCAGGGGUUUCAAUAUUUCCCUUAAAAGUAUGCUGGGACUGCAGCAAAUAAAUAAUUUUAGGGCCAGAUUCAGUCUUUGGAACUAAUUUUUUUCAUUUAAUUUAAUUGAUAAAAUUGCUUAGAGAUAAAUGUAUAGUUUUACUAAGGUUUAGCACCCUUGACCUUUUCUAAAUCAGGAAUAAUCUAUGGAUAUUGAAGUUCAUAGACAAAAUAUUCUUUGGCACAUUUUAUAAACUUUUGACCACUUAAGAUACUAAGUGGCCAAAUGAUAGAAAACUGCUCCCUACAUCUGGGUAAUAAAAACAUGUUUAUAAUUUUUAGGUAGCAUAGACUGAUACCCAAAUACCAUAGACUCACACUGUAUUACAGGGUGAUGUAAUACCUUGUAAUUCUCCCGAAAAUACAAUUCAGACCCUUAAUGUCAUUCAAAUAGUUUUUGUGGUUUAAUCUUGCAAGUGGAUUUUAAUGAAAUCAUUAUCUUUGAAACAUGGAACCCUUCUUUCAGCUUUUUUUUUAAUGGCAUGGAUCAGGAAAGAUCCAUAGUGAUUCAUAUACAAUUUUGUGUACAGUAUUCUUGAAUAUUUUUAACACUGUAUAAUCCAUGAGCAGCACAAAAGUUUUAUUCUGAUGACCAGUUACAGAAUUCCUGUUUUUAUUUUGCCCUGUUGUGCUCAUCUUCUGUGAAAAAUAAAUGAUGAUUAGGCCUUGCUUUCCCCGCAAGUUCAUUAAA